AUGUCUCUCUCUGCUCGUACCGCCGUUGUUUCACGGGUCACCAACGAGACCAAGAUCCAGGUCUCAAUCUCCCUGGAUGGUGGAGUCCUCCCACCUUACGAACCCACCACCCACUUCGCCGCCCCGACAGACCCCCAAGAAGCCGAGGCAGCCAAGAAGGGCAUUGUGCCCGAGAAAGACUCUAGCCAUGCGACCCAAUUCACCCCAACCCAGCAGAUCACCAUCUCUACUGGAAUUGGGUUCUUGGACCACAUGCUACACGCUCUGGCUAAGCACUCAGGAUGGAGUUUAGCAGUGCGGGCUAAGGGUGAUCUUUACAUCGACGAUCACCACACAACAGAAGAUACUUUCCUCGCCCUCGGCACAGCAUUUACCAAAGCCCUCGGUGCCCGCCAAUCGCUUACCCGAUUUGGUCGUGGAGAUGCGCCUCUCGAUGAGGCUCUUGCCUGGGCUGUUAUUGAUCUCUCCAGCCGUCCGUGGGCUGUGAUUGACCUUGGCUUCAAGCGCGAGAAGAUCGGUGCUUUGAGCACUGAGAUGAUCACACACGGUUUGCAGAGUUUCGCGCAGGCUGCUGAUGUUACUUUGCACAUUGGAUGUACCUAUGGAGAUAACGAUCACCACCGUGCGGAGGCUGCGUUUAAGGCGUUGGCUGUUGCGAUGCGGACUGCUUGUACGCGGAGAGUUGCUGGUGAGGUUGGUGCGGGUGAUAUUGUUAGCACCAAGGGUGUACUGUAA